AUGGACUUUUUGAACUUUGACUUUGAGGAGGAUGAAGAUGAGAAUGGCGAGAUGUCGGAAGGCAGCACGUCUGCAGAGAUACUGUCUGUUACUGACACCACUGACAAAGCAGAAGAGAAGUCAAGGGAUGAAAAUUCUGACACAGACCUUGAGAUAGAAGAUCCUGACCGAUCAUUUGCAACCAUAAAGGGUGCAGAACUCUACAUAGAGGCUUGCAAGCUGGUAGGAGUGGUUCCUGUCUCAUACUUCAUUCGUAACAUGGAAGAGCCCACCAUGAACCUUAACCAUCAUGGGCUUGGACCCAAGGGAACGAAAGCCAUUGCCAUUGCUCUGGUUUCCAACACAACCAUCACCCACUUAGAGCUAGAAGAUAACUGGAUUCUGGGCGAAGGAGCCACAUACCUGGUGCAGAUGCUGCGGGAGAACUGCUACAUCCAGGAGAUGAAUAUUUCCAAUAAUCAUCUCAGCACAGAAGGAGCUGAAGCUAUCUGCAGGAUGUUCUACAGUAAUAUUUCGAAUAUCCGGGCUGUUCAGCUUGCAGGAAACAACUUUAGGGAAGAGACAGCACCAUAUUUUUCGGAAUCAUUAAUGGUCAAUUACAGAGUGAUAGAGCUGGACCUCAGCCACAAUGAGUUUGCUGACAAGGGAGGAGAGCAGCUGGGACAGAUGCUGGCCAACAAUGAAUCGCUGGAGGUUCUGAACCUGAGCUGGAAUCAACUGCGCAUGAAGGGGGCUGUAGCCCUGAGUGCAGGCCUCAGGGCCAAUGGAUCAUUGAAGAUACUUGACCUUUCAUGGAACGGUUUUGGGAAUGAAGGUGCUCUGGCCCUUGGGGAAGCCCUCAAGGUCAACAAUGUGCUAAAUGAGCUGGACAUCAGCAGCAACCAUAUCAGCAACGAAGGGACGCUAAAGUUGUGCAAGGGGUUAGAAGUUAAUGGUACCCUUAGAAUCCUGAAGCUGUCCCACAAUCCCAUUACAGUAGAGGGCGCCAUUGCUCUUGUCUCAUCCGUCAGAAAGAAUACAAGCACCAAAAUGGAAGAAAUCAAUAUUUCGAAUGUGCUGGUGAAUGAAGGCUUCAUCAGGUUGCUGGAUGUAGUCUGUGACAUACGGCCUGAACUAGAUGUCGUCUUUGGAGGGGUUGGAGGCCACGUUGCCCAUAAGAUUCCACAACGGCCAGAUGCAAUGAAGCUGAUUCAGAACUAUUUAGAUGAACACAAAUUGAGGCUCUGGGACUUCUUUAGGAAUAUGGACAAAUAUGGCAACAUGAAGAUUCCCGUGGCGGAGUUUCGAAGAACCAUGAUGCUGCAAAAAAAGAUCCCCUUGGACCGGGUACAGGUUUCGGAUCUGGUGCGCAAGCUAGACCAAAACAGGACGGGGUACGUGGACUACAGUAAUUAUAAAGUUGAGGAGCCAGAAAAGAAGCCUGAGGAGGUGGAAGAGGAAGAAGGCUAA